AGAGAGAGAAUAUGGGAAGGACCAAUAAAUGAAACAAAAAUAAUCCUUGAUAUUUUUUGGUUCCAACUUUCUAGAAAUUACAUCCUAAUCCUUUUCGAACCGUUUUAUCUUGGACCGUUCGGCAUGAAAUAAAUAAAAACCAUCUAACUUUAAACAGCCAUUGCUGCCUUCGUCAAAAUCUCCCUACUGCUGCACAUUGAUUUGCUUUUCAUUUUCUUUGUGCUUAAACCAUUCAUAAACCGCAAACGUUGUUCUGAAUCAACGUAGGUAAAGAAAAAAACCCUUUUAAUUUCUAUUUUGCAGAAGAAAAAGAAUAUAAGAGAGUAAACUUAGAUUCAAUCGAACAUUCGAAGCCUCAUUAUUUGAUGGAAACUGGAGGGAAUUCGUUACCUUCGGGGCCUGAUGGGGUGAAGAGGAAGGUGCUCUAUUUCUAUGACCCUGAGGUGGGGAACUACUAUUAUGGACAAGGUCAUCCUAUGAAGCCUCACAGGAUUCGAAUGACUCAUGCCCUUUUAGCACACUAUGGGCUGCUUCAGCAUAUGCAAGUUCACAAGCCUGUCCCUGCCAGGGAUCGGGAUCUUUGCCGCUUCCAUGCUGAUGAUUAUGUGAACUUUCUCCACAAUGUAACCCCUGAAACACAACAGGAUCAGCUCAGGCAGCUCAAGCGCUUUAAUGUUGGUGAGGAUUGUCCUGUCUUCGAUGGCCUUUUCUCUUUCUGUCAAACAUAUGCAGGUGGGUCUAUUGGUGGUGCUGUUAAACUAAACCAUGGUUUCUGUGACAUUGCCAUUAAUUGGGCUGGUGGCUUGCAUCAUGCAAAGAAGUGCGAGGCUUCAGGGUUUUGCUAUGUCAAUGAUAUUGUCCUUGCAAUUCUGGAACUUCUUAAGCAGCAUCAGCGUGUUCUAUACGUUGAUAUUGAUAUCCACCAUGGGGAUGGUGUGGAGGAAGCAUUCUAUACAACUGACAGGGUCAUGACCGUUUCAUUUCAUAAAUUUGGGGAUUAUUUUCCUGGUACAGGUGAUAUACGUGAUAUUGGAUAUUCCAAAGGGAAAUACUAUUCCCUCAACGUUCCUUUGGAUGAUGGAAUUGAUGAUGAGAGUUAUCAUUACUUGUUUAAGCCAAUUAUCAGUAAAGUUAUGGAAGUUUUUAGGCCUGGGGCUGUGGUCCUUCAAUGUGGUGCUGACUCGCUUUCUGGAGAUCGGUUGGGGUGUUUCAAUCUUUCAAUCAAGGGCCAUGCAGAGUGCGUUAAAUUUAUGAGAUCAUUCAACGUUCCAUUGUUGCUUCUAGGCGGUGGUGGCUAUACCAUUCGGAAUGUUGCUCGCUGUUGGUGCUAUGAGACAGGAGUUGCACUUGGAGUUGAAGUUGACGACAAGAUGCCUCAACACGAGUAUUACGAGUAUUUUGGUCCUGAUUAUACUCUUCACGUUUCCCCUAGUAACAUGGAAAACAAGAAUUCACGCCAGUUACUCCUAGAAAUACGCAAUAAACUACUUGACAAUCUCUCAAAGCUUGAGCAUGCACCAAGUGUCCAGUUUCAAGAACGACAACCUGACACCGAGCUUACUGAGGCUGAUGAAGAUCAGGAUGAUGGAGAUGAGAGAUGGAACUCUGAUUCGGACAUGGAUAUUGAUGAGGACCGUAAGCUCAUCAUUCCAAGUAGAGUAAAGAGAGAAGUGAUCGAACCAGAGACGAAAGAUCCAGUAUGCUCUAUGGAGGUUCAAAUAGAAACUAUUGAACAAACUAGAGGAUUUGAUACUGCAACCAAUGAAACUGGUGUAGAUGUCAGUCCAAUGCCUAUUGAUGUACCAACUGUGAAAGUUGAGUGAGAAAACUAUCCAAAGUCCUAAGCAAAAAUCAUCUCUGCAUUUGCAUUUUAUCAAACAUUAUAAGAUAUUAUGUUAAUGGAUCAGUCCAAUUUUAUACAAGUCUAUGAAAACCCAAAACGAUUUUGAUUUAUAUAUAUAUAUAUAUAUUCUAAGCCUCUUUUAAGCUGUAUCAAAAA